AUGAUUUCUCAUAGGAGCACAAGGCUUUUCGUUGUGGUUGUUUUCUUUGCCAUUUUCCUUUUAAUCCUGUCUAGUACGCCCUCAACAUCGCUCUCGACAUCGCCCUCAUUGCACAAAAAUAAAGCAAGCUCCUAUAUCGACAGCGUCCCAAGACCAAACCUCCCCAACCUCCUCCCCAAUUUUCCCAAUCUCCCCAACCUCCCGAAACUACCAACCCCUCUGGGCCUCCCAGACAUCAAUUUCCGAAUACCCUUCCCUCAUUCCGUGCACAAACCUCCGGAGCAAAAGAAUAGCACUAGCGGGGAAACAAAAUGGUACAGUGAUUGGAGAUGGCUGAACCCAUUUUCUUCUAGCAUCACCCUGGAUGAAAACCGCUCUGUUCUCCCGCCAUUGCCCCCGAGGACAUUGAUAUUUGCUUACUAUGAUUCAGCGAGCAAGAAGCAGAAAGGCGAAGCUGAAGCUGACAGGCAGCUACUUCUGACAUGGCGUCGUGCCUGGUGGGCCAAAGGUUUCCGCCCGGUGGUUCUGGGUCCUGCAGAGGCGAUGAACAAUCACAUAUAUCAGGAGGUCAAAGCGAAAGGGUUGAACAAGGAGCUUGAGGGGGACUUGAUGAGGUGGCUCGCAUGGGGAAGUGUUGAUUCCGGCAUCCUUGCCGAUUGGAGGUGUUUCCCUAUGACCGACUAUGAGGAUAAAUCAUUGGUCUCUCUUCGCAGGGGAACUGACCCGGAAUUUAUUACUCGAUUCGAGAAUUUGGGCACGGGGUUAUUCUCGGGUGAGCGGAGUCAUGUAAAUGUUGCCAUAAAAUCUGCCCUCGAUAGGGACAACUUGAAAGACGCGAAGAAUAUGAUUGACGUGGUGCCGGAUCAGUUCUUCAUGGUUGAAAAGUCGACAAGUUUUGCAUAUUAUGACCCCACCACCGUUGUUGCUCACUAUUCGCCCAUAGCGGAGAAGAUUGACAAGAACCCGUCCGCUGGGAAACUCGCAUUAGUCGAUCUUAUCAACCUCCACCUACAAGUCACAUUUCAAAAUACAUUCAGCUCGGGAAUAUCAGUCCCCAAGCCAUUCCCGAAGGCCACUACGGUCCUCGUGAACCCAGCAGUCACACUGGCCGGUUUGCUCGCGAAGUGCGCACCAUCCAUGCUCCAAACGUCUUGUCCGCCAAAUAAUCCGUCAUGCAAACCAUGCACUCCAAGAUAUGCAUAUAAGAUACUGCAGCCUAGCAGUUACUUCAAUAACUCUGCGAUCUAUACCAUCGGUGUCCUGCCUCAUCCGUAUACCCUGAUUAGCAUUCAGAGUGAAUCAGCCAACGUGACGAUUCCGUACAUUCGUCGCGAGACCGACCGUGACAGGUGGCUAGUGGAAGCUACAAAGUCCCUCCUUGGGGAACGGCUUGACGGCUCCUCACGAGUCGUUGUUUUCAAAAACAUUGUUGCGGGGAAUUUCGGAAUGUCUAACAGCCUGUGGUUCACCGUGGAGUCAUUUCCAGCAAACCCCAAGAGUGCGCUGCCAUCUGAAACGGUGGAUGAUUUGGAAUGGCACUUUGGUUUCCGUAUCCCGCGUGAGAAGGCAGGCGACUCGCAGACAACUUUUACGGGUGUCUUCCCCGGUGGGGCCAAGGAGAAGAUCAAGACGGAAUUUGAAUUGAUUGGGAAGGCUCGACAGACGUUGGAGAGCGGGAAAAAAGAGGAUAAGAAGAUUAGAGAAGCCUCGGAAGCCUGGAACCUUGCAGAUACGGAAGUAUGGCGGUUUGUACGGGCUUAUAGAGCCAGAAGUGUCAUCGAGAGGAAGAAAUGGGAGCAAGACGAGAAGGGAUAUGCCGGAUCAUAG